AUGACGAAUAUGAAACCUGUACUAUUGUUAUUUCCAAAAACUUUGCUGAAAUCAUUUACUGAUAUCAAUGAACUCCCAUUGUCUUAUCGACAUCUUAAUAAAGGAAGACUAUUUACAGUAGGUGACCAUAAAGUUCGAGCUCGACAUCAAAAUGAUUCGAAUGCUGAAUUGUUUUGUUUUCAAAAAAGCACCAAUGGAAAUGAAGCACACUUAGUUUCCUCGUCAGUGGAAACUUUUUCAUUAGUUCAAGAUAUUGAUCCACCUGCCGAUUGUGUACCAAAAGAAAUCACUUUUCGGCCAGAAUUUCCACAGCAAUUAAAAAUUCGUUGUUUACCAUUUGGUUCAGAUGAACCAAAAGUUGUUGUCUCGAAGUCAUCAAAGAAAAAGAAAAAAAAGCGAUUAACUGAUUAA